GGGAAACCUAAAGUGGGCUUUUUUUUUUGCCCGGCUCUUUCUCUCCUCUUGGCCCGAAUUCCCGAGCUUUCCUCUAGGCGUUAAUAUACCUCAUCGUCCCGGCCCCCGAAGUCGCAACUCGCUUCAACUUCUCAACAACUUUUUUUUUCCCGCGUGCCUGUCGCAAACGCCGCUCGUGCAGCCCGCCGACGCCACCCAGCAGCCACCGUGACGAAGCUUCUUCUUCUUCGUCUCUUUGGCGACCGGACCGACUGAUGACAGCGUCUCGGCGCGACGCACAGAGGUGGCAGUACGCCCAAGUAGUACAAACUACGGAGUAGAGGUUGUUGCAGGCCCUUCACCACCGCCCGUCACCAUCACCACCACCACCGCCGCCGCCGCCACCACCAUGUCUCCUACUUCUCCUCUUCCCCCUCCCAUCCCCGUCCUCGAAGACUAUGGCCUCUCGCCCACCACCGGCUUCCUGCCGCCGACGCUACCGCUGACGCGCCUGCCGGACCCCUACUACAACAAGUGGGAGGCCAUCGCCGCCAACCUCCAGGCCCACGUCCUCAGCCGGCGCCUCCGAGGCGUUGUCGACAGCCUACCCGUGCUGUCGACCGUCGGCCUCGAGCACGACGCCGAGUGGCGCCGCGCCUACUCGCUGCUGUGCUUCAUUGCCCACGCCUACAUCUGGGGCGGCGACGCCCCCGCCGACCGCCUGCCCGCCUCCGUCUCCGUGCCGCUGCUCGCCAUCGCAGCCCGCCUCGAGGUGCCUCCCGUCGCCACCUACGCCGCCGUCUGCCUGUGGAACUUCAAGCCGCUCUUCCUCGACGAGCCCAUCGACAACCUCGAGAACCUCGCCACCCUCAACACCUUCACCGGCUCCAUCGACGAGUCGUGGUUCUACCUCGUCUCCGUCGCCAUCGAGGCCCGCGGCGGGCCCAUCCUCGCCCUCAUGCUCACGGCCUUUGGCGCCGCCCGCCGCGACGACGCCCGCACCGUCACCCGCUGCCUCUGCGCCUUUGCCGAGCGCCUCACCGACCUGACCAUCAUCAUGCAGCGCCUGUACGAGAGCUGCGAGCCCGCCACCUUUUAUCACCGCAUCCGCCCCUUCCUCGCCGGCAGCAAGAACAUGGCCGAGGCCGGCCUCCCCCGUGGCGUCCUUUACGAGGACGGCUCCGGCACCGAGACGUACCGCCAGUACGCAGGCGGGAGCAACGCCCAGAGCAGCCUGAUUCAGUUCUUCGACAUUGCCCUCGGCAUCCACCACCGCGCGACCGGCGAGACCCCGGCAACGACGACGACGACGACGGGCGGUGGCGCCGCGCCGCCCCCUCCGUCCUCCUCCACCACCACCAAGCACGGGCACGGCUUCAUCCACGAGAUGCGCAAGUACAUGCCCGCACCGCACGCACGCUUCCUCGAGGACGCCACGCGCGCGGCCAACCUUCGCGAGUACGUUGAGGCGCAUCGCUCCGACCGCGCCCUGUGUCUCGCCUACGAUGCCUGCCUGGCCAUGCUGAGUUCCUUCCGCGACAAGCACAUCUCCAUCGUCACGCGCUACAUCAUCAACCCCUCGCGUGAGGCCCGCGCCCGCAGCCGCUCCCGCGCCGCCGCCGACGACGACGCGCCCGCGCGCAAGCGCAUCAACCUCGCCACGGCCAGCAAGAUCGCACCGGAAAAGGGCGGCCAGCGCGGGACCGGCGGCACCGCCCUCAUCCCCUUUCUCAAGCAGGCCCGCGAUGAGACGAGCGAGCCGGCCGUCGAGGAGUGGACCAGGCGCUUCAUGAAGCGCAAGAUGGGCUCCGGCGGAGGCGGCGCCGACUUUGGCGGCAGCGGGCGCGUGGACAUGCUGCUGCCGCAGCCCGCGGCGGCGCUGGACAAGGAGAACGUCGUCGACGUCAAGGGCCUGGCGUGGUCGUGGACCAUGGAGGAUGACGUCGGAGGCAUCUGCAUGGUGUAGUACCAGAGGCUGGAGCACCUUGUCACUUUCCAUGCACGACUACUAGUGCCGUACUCGGUACCUAUUGUUGUUGCUCUGCAUGUGAACCCCUGCCAGGCUGAUUUGAUGAUGAGAUUGGGUCAAUGUCUCACUGCCACGCCGGGUACGAACAGCCGAGGUUUGCGCCACGUCGAAGGCACACGCAGACGAAGCAAGACGGACACACACUCACACACACACGGAGAGAGGUAGAGGGAGGUCGAGCAGAAGAGAGAGAGAGAGAGACACACACACAUCCCACCUCAUAACUAACACAUCCACUCCACGCCGUCCUUCUUCCCACACUCAUGAGCCCGAGGGGGCCGCCGGAAAGCUCCCGUCAUCCUGCCUGACGCACCCGCUAAUGGCCGUCAGCGCCGCGGGGCACUUGACCUGCUCAAACGUCAGGUCUGGGUUGUCGGCGUUGAGGAACCAGUCGAAGCGCCAGUAGCAGCCGGCCUUGAGCUUCUGGGGCAUCCCGUCGCAUUCGGCGCGCGACGACACGCCGCCGUACUGCGCGCCCGGGAUGCCGCCGAACUCGGGCGUGCAGCCGUCGAAGAGGCCCACGCCGGCCCCCGGGAUCAUGAGAUCGAAGUGGUUGCUGCCCAAGUCGCCGCCCGUGUUGGUCGACUGCACGACGAGCGUCUUGCCCGCGACGGGGCCGGAUGUGAACUUGAGACUAUUCCCACGCAGGGCUGGUCAGCCUUUUUUCCUUCCUUUGGUGUUGUAAUUGUGCCCCCGACGCGAAAUCAUCUCCUCGCUUCCACCAGAGCACCACCAUUCGCAACUCAAUUAUUUGUGUUUCUGCCCAGAAGAAAGGCAACAUGAAACGAAGGACACAAGCCUCGGCGAUUCAACACAGAGACAGUCAGGACGAAAACGAACAAAAAGACAAAGACGUACGCAUAGCACGCGCAGCACCAGCUCGACUCUGUCCCGCCACUUAUCGCCGUGGCCGCGAAUCCGUACGCCAGCCCGUCGUCGACGGCAAACGGCGAGUUGUUGGUGCAGGCAAACGCUGGCCCGCCGCUGCAUCCGCUCUGCGCGUCGGCGUCGCCCAGCGGGCUGUCGUUCUUGUCGCACGUGGUGACGGGCGCGCUCACGGGCGCCUUGCCCGGCCACGCGCACGACGGCUUGCAGCAGUCCCAGUAGCGCGUCGACUUGCCGGAGCCCGAGGCUGCGAGGGCUGCCCGCGGGAGCCCGGCGGUGGCGGCGGCGGCGGCGGCGAGAAGAGUGUCCUUGAAGAGCAUGAUUGGGAGAAAGAGUUGAAGGCAGAGAGAGAUGAGGGCGCGAAAAGACCAGCACACUGAGCGGAGAGCAAUGAUGUUUAUGAAUGCUUGUAUGAUAUAUCCAAUGCAUAGGACCGCGGUGCGUGCAUCUAGAAGCGAAGCCCAUAUGGCGGCGACCAGUCUCCCUUUAUAUACAGCA